AUGGCUGUCGAUGAUAUUGUGAGCACCUAUGAUAGUAGAAGAAGCUCAACUGGGUCCAUUCAUAAGAGUUCGGGUACUUUUUACAACGGACAUAAAGUCAUCAAUGAUCCUAUACAUGGCCAUAUUACCUUGGACGAUUACACUGUUCGUUUCAUUGAUACACCCCAAUUUCAGCGUCUGAGAGACCUCAAACAGCUCGGUGUACUUUAUUUCAUCUUUCCAGGCGCUAGUCAUAAUCGAUUCGAACAUUCUGUUGGUGUAUCUCAUUUAUCUGGCACACUGGUCGAGAGAUUUGCAAGAGAUCAACCUGAAUUGAACAUCUCAGAGGAUGAAAUCAAAUGUGUCAAAUUAGCUGGAUUAUGUCAUGAUCUUGGACAUGGUCCUUUUAGUCAUGUAUUUGACAACUCAUUCAUGCCAUGUGCUAGACCUGGACUGGCAUGGUCUCAUGAACAAGCUUCAGAAAUGAUGCUUGAAUACUUGGUCGAUGACAACCAUAUUGACAUUGAAAAGACAGAAAUCAACUUUAUCAAGGAUUUGAUUGCGGGCGAAUCGAGAUCCAGCAACAAGUACUCGGAACGCAAGUUUUUGUUCGACAUUGUGGCCAACAAGAAGAACAGUGUGGAUGUAGACAAGUUUGAUUACAUCGAGAGAGAUGCUUACAAUAUGGGCCUGCGUAGUUCGUAUGACGCCAAACGUCCCUUGGUCUACAGUCGUGUGGUCAACAAUGAAAUCUGCUAUCAUCACAAGGAAGUGUAUAAUAUGUAUGAAAUGUUUCAUACAAGAUACAGUUUGUUCAAGCAAAUCUACAACCAUCGUGUGGGAAAAUGCAUUGAACUGAUGAUUGUGGAUGCUCUGUUGUUGGCAGACAACUACCUCAAGAUCUCGGACACCGUGGAUAAGCCAGAAGACUAUUUAUACUUGACAGACGAUAUCCUUCGCACCAUUGAGAAAUCGAAAUGCCCUGAAUUACAAGACGCCAGAAAGAUUUUGCAUAACCUUCGCACUAGAAAACUGUACAAAUUUGUCGACGAAUUCUUGAUCCCACCCGAGAUGGAAGCUUAUUUGAACAAGGAGACAGUGACAGCACAGGAUAUCGUGAAUCACCAAACGGAUAACGCUGGCUUAGUCGAGCAAGAUGUAAUUGUCAACUUUUCAAAAAUUAAUUAUGCAAUGAAUGAACGAAAUCCUGUGGACUCCAUUCGAUUCUUUUCUAAAUUUAAUGAUCAAGAGUCAUUCAAGAUCCCUCAAGAAAAAGUAUCCUACAUGAUCCCUACCAAGUUUCAAGACAUCAAUAUUCGCAUUUUUACUAGAGACCCUACUAAAAUUGGAGCUAUCCAAACUGCAUUCCGCAGAUAUUUAGAUAAAAUUAACUAA